UCCCCAGGCUGUUGUGUGAGGAGCUGUGCAGCCUCAAUCCCAUGACUGACAAGCUGACCUUCUCUGUGAUCUGGACGCUGACUCCAGAGGGCAAGAUCCUUAGUGAAUGGUUCGGCCGGACCAUCAUCCGCUCCUGUACCAAACUGAGCUAUGAGCACGCACAGAGCAUGAUUGAAAGCCCUGCUCAGCCAAUCCCUGAGAAGGUGCUGCCCCCCAUCUCCCCGGAGCACACCAGCCAGGAGGUGCACCAGGCUGUCUUGAAUCUCCACAGAAUCGCAAAGGAGCUACGCAAACAGCGGUUUGUGGACGGUGCUCUGCGUCUGGAUCAGGUCAGUAACUGCCUUCUUUUAGUACAACUGACAAAUGUGACUUGUGUCUGGACGCAGUGUGGUGAGAUGUGGCACGGCGGGCUCGGGCUCGUCCUUCUUCACCUUUCUCCAGUCACUACAUUAAGACAGGGUUCUCCAAGGCAGCACAGGCAUCCUGCGCCUAACGAUGUGAGCCAAGGCAAAAGAAGGGCGUCUGUAGGUGGCCCUGGAGCCAAAACUCCACUCUCCUUUCCAUAGUAAGGUUGUGUCCAAAUAUGGGAUCCUUACCUCAGGUUUCUACCUCAGAUCCCUUUUGAAUGCAGGUAGGAACAGGAAGCAAGGAAGUUGAGAAGGCAGCUGACCAAUAUCUGAUCCUGGGGCUUAAACAAAAAAAAGUAUUUCUUCAUAUCCCUUGUCUUCCAAAAAGAAUCAUAUGUUUACAGAUUUCACAUUAGCAUUUAAAGCAGCAGAGAACUGAUUAGGCUGUAGGAUGUUGGCUUUUGAAGAAACAGUGACACAGGAUGGUAUUGAUUGCUCUUGAAUACCACAGUCUUGGAGGCAGCCCUGUGGGACCUAGGCAGCUGUCACUUAAACCUGGUUGAAGUUCCAUGUCCAAGAGUCAGCGACUUUAGGAUCUGGGAAUUCUCUCCUCAUUACUCGUCAGUGUAUUACAGAGUGGAGUCUGUGUCUGUA